GACUGAUUAAUGGGUAGUAUGCGAUGAAUGGGGAAGUAACAAAACAGAUCAAGUUUGUAUAUAAGGGAGUUUGAGGCAGGAAUUUUUUUUCUUAUGUAAUCAGUUUCUAGAGAGGAGCUUGCUGGUUAUCAAAGCUUACACUUGGCUUCACUCGAGAGGUCAUCUUAUGUGUAAUGUUUUAUUCGUGUACACUCUGACUUAUGGAUUCAUAUUUCUAAUUUUAGGAACUCUUACUUCGGUUCCACACCUUCAGUUGAUUUCAGUGGUUAACGUAGCAGAUUGGCUUUUAACUUACAAGACUCCUCGUGAAAGUCAGUUCCCACUCUUGAUCGUUCUUGGCGAAGGUAAUAACGUCCUGUUACUAUGCCAAAAGUUAGGCUGGGGAUCAAGUUACCUCGUACUUGUAUACGGUUUAGAUUCAAUUUUCGGGUCAGUAUACGCUUCCACAUUCUCGUUCCUGGCUCGUUAA